UAAAAGUGAAAGCACAUUUUAAAAAUUCGUCAGAGGACGUGUACGAGAAGGCGAGAGAGUUAUAUAAGCCGAAGUGCAUUUCAUCGUAUUUGGAAGCAUUGAGACCGAGUGUAGCAUUUGAAUCAGAUAAAAUGUUUAUUUGUGCAACAAGAAAUGAGGCUAAACUCAGAUAUAACCUGAUGAACACUACAAAUUCAUAUGUAUUUCAAUAUUCGCACACCCCGUUGGUACCAUAUCUACCAGACGUGUAUCCCUAUGGAUUGUAUGGAUUUGCAGGUCAUGCACUGGACGUUGUGUCAGUCUUUGGUUUUCCAGUCAAUAACACGAGGUUUCGACCUGAUGAUCAAACACUGUCGAUGAGAAUGAUCUUAUACUGGACCAAUUUUGCAAAAACGGGAGAUCCAAAUGCAGGUACAAUUACGUUACCGAUUGUGGUCGACAACGUGGACAGCCUACCAACAUGGCCUCGAUAUAGCGUUGGUAAAGAAGAAUAUCUAGAUAUGGAUAGUUUUUCCCAGAUGACGGUUCGAACAAAAUUGCGUGAAAUGCAUUGUGAUUUUUUUAUGGAUCCUGAAGGUUUCCUAAAAGACAAGUAA